AAAACAAGAGCGAAAAAAGCGAAAAUAUAGUUUAAAAAAAUACCCGCACACCCAAGGCUGAGCUCACUCGCAGUCGAUAAUAAAUUCUCGAUCUAACCACAAAAACAACAGCUUCUAGGGUUUGGCCGGAAGAAUCAUUUACAGCAAUGGCGAUGGCAGCUGCUUUGAGACGCGAAGGAAGGAGAUUUGCCUCCCCUCUCAUUUCCUCUCAACCAAUAACCCCCGUCCGAUCCGCUCUCAUCCCCGAGGAGCAUGUCCCUCUUGGAGUGCGUUCCAUUUCAACUCAAGUUGUUCGGAAUCGGAUGAAAAGUGUCAAGAACAUUCAGAAAAUUACGAAGGCUAUGAAGAUGGUUGCAGCCUCAAAGUUGCGAUUAAUUCAAACUAGAGCUGAAAAUUCUCGUGGCCUAUGGCAACCAUUUACUGCGCUUCUUGGAGAUACUCCUAGUGUUGAUGUAAAGAAGAAUGUGAUUGUCACUGUAUCUUCGGACAAAGGUCUGUGUGGUGGUAUUAACUCUACAGCAGUCAAGGUCAGCAGGGCCAUUAACAGGUUGACUUCAGGUCCUGACAAAGAAACUAAAUUUGUCAUCUUGGGAGAAAAGGCAAAGGUGCAGUUGAUACGUGAUUCAAAAAAGAGCAUUACAAUAUGCAUGACAGAGUUGCAGAAGAAUCCCCUGAAUUAUACCCAGGUCUCUGUUCUGGCAGAUGACAUUUUAAAGAAUGUGGAAUAUGAUGCUUUGAGGAUUAUCUUCAACAAGUUCCAGUCAGUGGUCUCAUUUCUUCCAACUAUGGCAACUGUAUUAUCUCCUGAGGUUGUGGAGAAAGAGGCUGAAUCUGAUGGGAAGCUUGGUGAUCUUGAUUCCUAUGAGAUUGAAGGUGGUGAAACAAAGGGUGAAAUACUUCAGAAUCUUGCCGAGUUCCAGUUCUCUUGUGUUCUGUUCAAUGCUGUAAUGGAGAAUGCUUGCAGUGAGCAAGGUGCAAGAAUGUCUGCUAUGGACAGCUCAAGCAGAAAUGCUGGAGAUAUGCUUGAUCGCCUGACACUGACUUAUAACAGAACUCGUCAAGCAUCUAUCACAACGGAGUUGACUGAGAUUAUAUCCGGAGCAGCUGCACUGGAGGGUUAAAAUUGAAGAUAUCAAUGGCUAGGAACUUCAUGGGGCUACUUUUGAGGUUUUUGUUGAGCGACUCUAAUAAUCACCCAGCAUUGUUUUCUGUUUUUGGGAAUUAAAAAUAAAGUCCAUGAUCGAUAAUGGUUUAUUUUUAUUUUUGGUUCUUUUUUCAGCUCUUAAUCAUGUGGUUCUGGCUUGAACACUCGAGAACUGUUGUAAAUUUUACUGUAGUCCUGUUUGGCAUUGUUUGAUCCCCCCACUAUGCACAAGAAAAACAAGAUUUGGCGACUAGAACAUUGUUUGCUAAUUGAAAACUUGGGUGUCCAUUGCCACUGUAAUGGUGACAUUUAUCAUUAAUUGGAGGACUGUUUUUUA